UGCGUCGUUUGUGUUUAAGUCGGCAUGUAAACAGUGAGGCACACGAGGGCGUCCGUCGUGCUCUGGGCUCUGGACAGUAACGUCAGACUUUUAACGUGUUUGUCGGUUGUAUCGAAACGAUGAGGUUGUAUCGCGCUCUGCGGAACGCCGCGACGUUUCGGACGCGGUUCGACUUCGGCGGACGCGACGUCGCCCAUUGGUUUCCAGGACACAUGGCGAAAGGACUCAAGCAGAUGAAAGCCAACCUCAAGAACGUGGACUGUAUUAUAGAAAUCCAUGACGCCAGAUCACAUAUCCCCUUCAGUGGAAGAAACCCUCUGUUUCAGGAGAAUCUCGGUGUCAGACCUCACCUGCUGGUUCUAAACAAGAUGGACCUUGCCGAUCUAGCAGCCAAGCGGAGAAUUCUGAAGGAGCUCGAGAGAAACGGGAUAAGGAACGUUCUCUUCACAGACAGCCUCAAGCAGCGAGAUAAAAACAUCACAGAGUUGCUUCCUGUGGUGACGGAGCUGAUCAGGAGCAAGCCACGGUUUAACAGAGACGAGGAGACAAACUACUGCGUGAUGGUGAUCGGGGUGCCGAACGUGGGGAAGUCCUCUUUCAUCAACUCAUUAAGAAGAACAAACUUGAAAAAAGGUCGGGCGACUCGAGUGGGUGCGGAGCCAGGAGUAACCCGGGCGGUCCUGACCAAGAUCCAGGUGUGUGAGCGACCCGUCAUACACCUGCUGGACACCCCAGGAGUCCUGCAUCCGAAGAUCGAGAGUGUCGAGGCCGGCAUAAAGUUGGCUUUGUGUGGAACUAUUCUGGACCAUUUAGUGGGCGAAGACAUCAUCGCUGACUACUUACUGUAUUCCCUGAACAGGCUGGAGCAGUUCAGUUACGUUGAGCGAUACGAGCUCGGGGAACCCAGUGACGAUAUCCAGCACGUCCUCAAGCGCAUAGCUGUAAAACUGGGCAAGACCCAGCGUGUCACAGCAAUCACUGGAGUGGGCAACAUAAACAUCACGGUUCCGAACUACACGGCGGCAGCGUACGACUUCAUCCGAGUCUUCAGGAAAGGCGAGCUCGGGAGGGUUAUGCUGGAUUGAACGGUGCCGAGGACAGCUGAGGGAUUUUGCCAUUUGUUCUUCAACGUGGAAGCUCUGAGAGAUAAAACUGCCAAAACUCAGCGGGCGUCCGGGUGGCGUAGCGGUCUAUUCUGUCGCCUACCAACACGGGGAUCGCUGGUUCGAAUCCCCGUGUUACCUCCGGCUUGGUCGGGCGUCCCUACAGACACAAUUGGCCGUCUCUGCUGCAGGUGGGAAGCCGAAUGUGGGUAUGUGUCCUCGUCGCUGCACUAGCGCCUCCUCUGGUCGGUCGGAGCGCCUGUUUGGGGGGGGGGCUGGGGGUGAAUAGCGUGAUCCUCCCACGCGCUACAUCCCCCUGGAGAAACUCCUCACUGUCAGGUGAAAAGAAGCGGCUGGCGACUCCACAUGUAUGGGAGGAGGCAUGUGGUAGUCUGCAGCCCUCCCCGGAUCGGCAGAGGGGGGUGGAGCAGCGACCGGGACGGGUUGGAAGAGUGGGGUAAUUGGUCAAGUACAAUUGGGGAGAAAAAAAGGGGGGGGGCCACCAAAACUCUGCACAAACAACCGUUAGGGGGAUGUGGUCUGUCUUUGUACCGGGGGCGGUGGCCUGUCGGGGCCUGGUGGAGUCGGCUGUGGCUGUGGGGACUUAAAGCCUCCAGCUUCAGUCAGGUAGGACCUCUCACCGCCGUCUCCGCUUGGCUGAACAACAGAUGAAGAAGACAUGUUGGAGGGUGUAAAGAAGGGAUAUUUAUUAGCAGAAAGAAGUGAUAAUAAAAUCUGCCUUUACUUUGUACAGUCUCGUUAUCAGUACAGUCUCGUUAUCAGUACAGUCUCGUUAUCAGUACAGUCUUGUACAGAACACCAGAGGGCAGCGGGUGGUAAGGACGGUCUGUGGCUCCUGAGGGUCUACUGUGGGCGAGAGGCUUCGCUGGGAUGGAAGACCGACAACACAGACAAACCACAAACCCUCAGACACAUGGGCGUCACAUUCCCUCUCUGACAGGAAGUGAUAAUAAACCUCCCGUUGGCGUAUUUACAGCGGCUCUGGUCAUGUGAUCGCUGAUGGUUGAAGGGUGUCACUUUCUGUUCCUUUCAGGGCGAGCAAAGUUCAUUUGUCAUCACCACCGUGCCCACUUCCUGUUCUGAAAUGCACAAGUUGAACUGGUGAGAAGAGAAGGGAGGA